CCUUUAUUGUGAAAUGUGCGGCAGCCGGAAGUUGACAGUUAGCAUCCCGUGGCUAGCUGUGCUCAGUGAGUGAGUGAGUGAGUGUGUGUGUGAGUGUGUGUGUGUGAGCUCAGGUGUGAACAUGUUACCUUUAUCUGUUAAGGACGACGAGUACAAACCCGCCAAACUCAACCUGCUGCUCAAGCUCUCAGGAUGGUUCAGGUCGAUCCUGGCAGAUAAAACGUCCCGGAACCUUUUCUCCUUCCUCUGCCUCAACCUGUCCUUCGCCUUCGUGGAGCUCACCUACGGCAUCUGGAGCAACAGUCUAGGUCUGAUCUCAGACUCCUUCCACAUGUUCUUCGACUGCACCGCCCUGCUGGCUGGUCUGGCAGCUUCCGUCAUCUCCAGGUGGAGAUCCAACGACAGCUUCUCAUACGGUUACGUCAGAGCGGAGGUGUUGGCUGGCUUCGUCAACGGACUCUUCCUCAUCUUCACUGCGUUCUUCAUCUUCUCUGAGGGUGUCGAGAGGGCCCUGGAGCCUCCGGACGUUCACCACGAGCGUCUCCUUCCUGUGUCUGUGGCCGGUCUCCUGGUGAACCUGGUCGGGAUCUUUGUAUUCCAGCACGGAGGACACGGACACUCGCAUGGAGACGAAGGUCACGGUCACAGUCACUCUCUGUUUAACGGCAGCGUAAAUCACAGUCAUGGAGCUCACGGGGGUCACGGACACAGUCAUGGUGGACAUGGACACAGUCACGGAGGUCACGGAGGUCAGGGACACAGUCAUGAGGAACCACACUGUCAUGACGAGCUGCGUCCCACAGCGGGGAAUAAACAGAUCUUGCAGGGCGUCCUGCUGCACAUCAUCGCCGACACGCUGGGAAGCAUCGGUGUGAUCAUCUCCGCUCUGCUAAUGCAGAGAUACGACCUGAUGAUCGCUGACCCCAUCUGCUCCAUGUUGAUCUCCAUCCUCAUCGGAGUCAGUGUGGUGCCUUUACUGAAGGAGUCCAUUGGGAUCCUGAUGCAGAGAACUCCUCCCUCACUGGACCAGGCCCUGCCAGAGUGUUACCAGAGGGUGCAGCAGCUGCAGGGAGUGUACAACCUGCAGGAGCCGCACUUCUGGACCCUUUGUACCGACGUCUACAUCGGGACCAUCAAGCUGCUGGUCGCCCCUGACGCAGACACUCGCUGGAUCCUCAGCCAGACCCACCACAUCUUCACACAGGCGACUGUUCGUCAACUUUACGUUCAGAUCGACGUGGCAGCGAUGUAGAAGCUCCUCCUCCUCAUUGAAAACUGGGACCAAUCACAUUAAGUCAGCUGCUGCAAGUGACCGCCCCCAAACCGGAUCGGGGAGCGGGGCCACUGAGAACUGUGACCCGACAUAGGUCUCUCCCCCCCCCCCCCCCCCCAAGUGCCUUCUUCAUGAUUCAGAGACAAUCUGAGCCCCUCCCCCUCUGUGACAUCACAGCUGCGACCAGACCGCUGCCAUCUGAUUGGUCCGUGAUGUCACUCAUAUUUUUAACAUGCCAUGUGACAUGUGACCGGUCGGACGCUUUGUCUUUUGUUUUUCAAAUGUAAUAAAUUCUUCAGUUUCUCUGAGCUGAUAAUUGAU